AUGCCGGCGGCGCCGUCGAACUCGUCCCGCUACGACGGCGAAGUCUUUGAGAUGCCCGGCGACUCCGCGGUGCCGAAGGCGGAGCCGGAGCAGCAGCAGCAGGGCAGGCGGCCGGUGCAGGCGCAGGACGAGGAGCUGGCCGGCAUGCAGGCGAAUCCCUGGCCGUUUUACCUGGAUCAAGAUGUCGGGACGGAGGCUUCGUCUCGGCGAGGGGAUGCCGCGGAGAGCGCUGUUGGGGCAAGGAUGGACACCAACGGCAAGGCAGAGGAGACGGGGGGAGGUGCGGAUGGAAAGGCUGAGCCGCUGCUGGCGAAUCCCUGGGCGUACUUUGGGCCCAUGUCGCCAAGUGAGGAUACAGGCGGGCGCAAGCCUGAUGCUGCUGGGCAAGAUGUUGGUGGAUUAGGCAUUCAGAUCGACGAGUCCACACACGACAAAGCAAAGGGCGAGAGCCAGGAUGCUCCGGCAGCAGCGCCAACGCCCCUACAUCACAAUACUCGAGACGAACAAGGCGCAGAUGGCGCUUCCCCUCCUCCUCCUCCUCCUCCUCCUCCUCCUCCUCCUCCAGCAACAGGCGAGCCUUCAUCUCCGCCACCGCCGGCUCCGGCGUUCUACCCUGCGCCUUUGCGUGUGUCGAGGAAACAAGUGCCUCCCGCCGCCGCGCCGGCGUUCAAGCCCUACGUCCCUCCGACGGACAGUGUCCCAGCCGUUGCGCCGCUCAAUGCGAAGCAUCAGAGGGCUUCUUCUUCUCAGGGUCGGCAGGGCGGGACUGGCACCGUCCUACCGUAUAGGCCCUAUCGUCCUGCUGGGCAUGGCGAGCAGGAUGUGGACCAUAGGGCUGAUGCGGCGGCAUCUUUGGCUCCGGCGAUGCCUCCCCAGCCGGCGCAGUCUCAUGCACCGCCAGUCACAGAGGCCGUAGCUCCUCAGGGGACGCCUCCGCAAGUAACCCCUUGGGUGGCAUCUGGAUCGCCGAGCCCAAGCCAGCAUCAGCAGCAGCAGCCAGCGGUAACGUCCGGUUCGGCGGAAACGCCCCCAGGUGGACUGGCAGCGCAUCAUCCGUCAUAUCAGCCAAGUCAACCACCGCCGCCGACGGCAUCCAGCCCUUCUCCUCCUCUUCCCGUUGCCGCGCCCCCAGUCCCUCCCCAUCCUCCCCAUCCUACCCUUUCACCUCGUCCUCCUGCCGCCGCCGCCGCUGCAGUUACUCCCUCUCCUCCUCCCCCUCCCAUUCCCCCUCCUCCUCCCAUACAAGAACCUGUACCAGCGGUACCGCCGCAUCCAUCCGUCCCCGCCCCGUCCCCUUAUCCUCACACUCCGUAUUACACAUCGACAAGUCCUUCCAUGCAACGUCCUGCCACAGGCUAUCCUCCAAGCUCAAGCCCGGUUCCGGGCCUUCAACCCUAUGGACAGCCCCAUUCCGCGCCAACCUCUUCCGUCCCAAGCCCGAAUAUGGCUUCCUUCCAAUUCCAACCCAUGAACCAAGCCCAGCCGCAAAACCUGUAUCCUGGGCCAGCUCCCACCCCUCCAGUUGCUUCAUACACUCCCCCAGCUCCAACACCUUCCCCGGGGCCGGUGGCGUACCAACCGUCUCCCCAGCACUUCACGCCUCCGCCGCCGACGUCCAGCUAUGAUAUCCCGCAGCCUACCUAUGCCUCUUCGGCUGAGGUCCCGCCUCCUCAGCCGCCGCGGCCGCAAUACCAGCAGGCAGCCAUGGGUGGCUAUCAAUACUAUCCACAGCCUUAUUCGCAGCCAUCACCACAGGCUCAGCCCUCAUCUCCUGGUUAUGCCGGCGCGCCAAGCCCACUCGCUCAACCUCCUUCUCCAUACCACUCGCCACAUGGCCCAGCAAUAGCGCCUCACCAGCACCAAUACCCGGCCCAGCCUACGUAUGCAACAUCCAACGGCAACUCGCCCUCGUCUCCGGACCCGCAGGGCCAAUACGCGGCGCCUCCCUUGCCGCCGCGCCCAUCAACGGCGCAGCCGCAGCUGUUUGCCGGCUUCAACUCUCAGAACGUGGUUGCCUUUCCUCCGCCGCCCAAGAGAGUGUUUAGUCCGCCGCCUCUUGCUGCUGCUGCUGCUGGUGCUGCGCCUCCGCCUCCUCGACGGCAGUCCGGGGGCUCGAGCGGUCGGCUGUUUAGCAGCUCUUCUGCGUUGAAGUGGAUAGACAAGACGGGCAAGGGGUUGGAGCACAAGCUUGAUGCGGUGCUGGGCUCUCAUCAGGGGUCGUCUGGCAAGCCGCCUCCUCAGCCGCCUCGUCCUGCUUGA